AUGAUGAAAAUGAAGAAGUACUUAACAAGAGGGCACGAAGCCUUUUUGUUCUCAAUUGAAGAUUUGGAUGCCAAAAAUAAUGAACCACAGAUAAUUCCGGUAGUGGACGAAUUCGCGGACGUUUUCCCAAAUGAAAUCCCCGGAGUACCUCCACCCAGGAUGGAUGGAAGCAUGAAACCACCUGAAUUGGAUGGCCACAACUAUUCUUUCUGGAAGGCUCGAAUGGAGAUUUAUCUUCAGGCACAAGGUACCAGAGUAUACUGUACUGUCCUCACUGAAUGGAGUCCUCCGACAGUUCAGAAUGCUGAUGGAACUGCUGGGGCCAAACUUAUUGAGACAUGGACUGAAGAAGAGAUGACGUCCUCUGAUUUAAAUAAUAAGGCACUAAAUUCUAUUGUUGGAUCUCUGCAUGAAUCAGUCUUUACUCUUGUCACCGGAAUAAAAGAAGCAAAACGAGUAUGGGACACUCUUGAAACCAGAUACGAAGGUACCAGUGAUGUCAAGCAGUCAAAACUUCAGUUGGCAUUAUCAGAAUUUGAAUCUCUCAGUAUGGGUGAAGAGGAAACGAUUUCAACCUUUCACAGUCGGGUUCAGAAUUUGAUGAACAGAGCCCCAGUACUUGGUGAACCUUUUACUGAUGAAAGAGUGGUGACUGCAAUUCAAGAACACUCAGGCUGGGAGAAAAAGAGUGUGGGUGAACUUAUGGGAAGUUUACACACUUAUGAACUUGAACUGCUAGCUGAUGAUGAACCUAUAAUCACAGAAAAGGCAUCAACCGAAGGAGUCAAGGACAACCCAACAGGACACAAUACAAAAGUGGAAACUCCUCAUAUCAGAAAACAGAAACGCCUUCCUUCUCACAGAACAGUCAGUCUCAAAGUGGCCGAACAAGACAAAUCAGAAGUAAUUCGACUGACACAGAAGAAAGCUAUGUCGGUAGCUACCCUCAGUGAUGAUGAAGAUGAAGCAGCAAAUGAUCAGGCUGAUGAAAAUGUGGGAAACUUCGUGGCCUUCUUUAUAUCAUCAGAAGAGAAUGAUACCGAUGAAGAAUCUUACAUACCAUCAGAUGACUUUGAAGAGAGACAUACACAACUGGAACUGGAAUUUGCUAAACUAGUUGGAAGUUGGGAACAACUGGUGAAAGUUAACAAGAGUCUGAAUGACGAUCUGAAGCAACGAGAUGAUCACCUGAAGAAACUAUCUACUGAACUCGUCCUAAAAGAAGAUCUCAUUACCCAGAUAAGAUCACAAGAGGGAAAAUUGAUAAAGGAAUUGGAGGAUCUGAAGAAGAAAAUCAAGAUGAUGGAUACCACCUCUACCUUAGACAAAAUUCUGGAUUCUGGUCGAAAUCCCAAUGACAAAAAGGGACUUGGUUUUGAACGAGGAGAGUCCUCAAAGAUGGCACCUAUGUUUAUAAAAGAAGGAACAUCAGUAGAUAGAUCAUUUCACAAUUAUGAUCAAAGUCAAUCAUCACAGAUAAAACAGAAAGGGAUCAUACACACUCGGAUUGCUGACCCUCAAUCUGGCAGAUUCAAAAUACAUUCCCAGUACUCAAGGAAGGAGAAAUAUCAGAACAAGUCCAUUACUCCCUUCGUGAGACAAGUUUGGGUCAGGAAAUCAGAAGUAAUCUGCUACCCCACAAUCGUUCUGACCGCCUCUAUGACUGCAACAAGAUGGUAUUUCGACAGUGGAUGUUCCAGACACAUGAUUGGGAAUGUCAAGUGUCUCAUGUCUAUUCAACCUAGCAGUGGAUCAGUUACGUAUGGAGACGGGCAAAAAGGAAAGAUUGUUGGAAAAGACCAAGUGGUAAUGGAAGGAACACGAUCCUCUGACAAUUGUUACGUUCUGACCAAUGAAACUGCAUGUCUAAUAUCUAAAACAGAUGAAUCAAAACUGUGGCAUCGACGAUUGGGUCACAUAAACUUCAGAGAUAUGGAUAAAAUGAUCAAGUUAGAUGCUGUUCGUGGGAUACCAAAGCUCAAAAUAGAACACGAAGGAGUCUGUGGAGCAUGUGCAAUUGGAAAGCAAAUAAGGGCUCCUCACAAAGCUGUAAAAGUGAUCACUACUGAGAGAUGUCCAGAACUAUUCAGCUGGGUAUACUUUCUGAGGGAAAAAUCUGAGGCAUUCAAUGCAUUCAAGACUCUAUGCAUAAGAGUGCAGAAAGAAAAAGAUUAA